AUGGCUAUGAGGAUUAGCUAUGCAGGUCAACCAUCUCCAACUUUAGUCAAUGACACCACAAAGGACCUGCCUGAUUUGCUAGAUGUUGAUUAUUGUUCGACGAAAGAUAACUAUGCUAGUAGCAUUUCUGUUCUCAUUAGUCAAGAAACAGGGAAGACACAGUACUUCAUAUCACUAAAACGCCCCUCCAGAUAA